CUGAGGUGCUGAGGUCUGAUGUCUGAUAGGUCUGAUAGUCUGAUCAGGUCCAUCAUGUACGCGAUAUUUAGCGCCAAGAUGCAAUGUAGAAGUUGAAAUAUUAUAUUUAUUUUAAUUAAAAUAUAAAGAUAAAUAACAUAAAUACAUAACAUUUUAUUGAACUUGUCUUUAUUUUAUUAAUAUUAAAUUGUUCAGACUUUUCUUCAAAAUUAAAAAAAGUGUGUUUAUUCGUGUCCUCUCUGUGAAAUAAAGUUCUAUAAAAAUAGGAUUUAUAAAAGUAGGUUUAUUACAUAAUUAAUUACUUCUGAAUCGCAGCAAAAAGUAAAUCAUGGAAAAUGUAGAAUUGUUAUUUUUUGAUACAUUUUCGCACGAUAUAUCCGAAGAACUGAAUUUAGAUUUAGUGCAAUUUCCAAAACCUGUUUAUAUAAGUGAAGUUAGAAUUAUCCCAUUGGGUGCUCGAGUAAAAGCUGACUUUCCUGGAGGUGUCCGUUUAGGAGCUACGAAUCCAUCUCAGUUUGAAAUUGAAUUUUUUGUAAAUGAUUUAAGUAAGCCUGGUGCUUCUACAUUCGAGUCCCUUGGUGAAUUAGAAUACAAACAGAAUAUUCACAUCCAGUUGGAAUGUGAAAGAAAACAAAUACCCACAGAUGGAUUGGUUUUAAGAGGCUGGUAUACCACAAUCACUUUAGCAGUGUAUGGGACAUUAACAAAAUCAUUAAACAAUCCACAAGAAGUCGUUAGUUCAGCUGCUGGUUCUUCAGCCUGUGUCAGUGGCCUAGAAGAAGUUAUAGAAAAUCCAAACCAAAUUUCAGAACAGCAGUCUGAAUGGUACUAUGAAAAUCAGGCUCAAACGAAUUCAAAUGAAACAUGUGUGGCAGCUACACCUCCACCUCCUAUACAGCCGAUUCAAAUAGUGGAAUCAUCCAGAAAUUCGACAUCUGAUACUGGGAAGACAGAACAUUGGGAGGAGGAUGGUACAAACAGUACCUUGAAGACUGCAAAACGUCCUUCUUCACCUCCCUCUGAAUCCUUAGUAUCCUUAAGUCCUGAGUCGAUAUCAGCCGAAGAGGAAGAAGCAGAACAGGAUGGUGGUGAACAAGAAACAGGAGAGCCCUUCGAACCUAUACUAUCUGACGAAGAUAUGAUGACCGAUGAUGUGCCACCCACUGCAGAGUACGAAUGUGAAAACAUGCAGCUAAACGACAUUUAUUCUUUGACACCCCCGGAUCUGUUAGAGUUGGACGAGUCAGUGACUGUUACAGAAGAAUACCAAAUCGGCAAGGAAACGUUAGAUAAGAUACACGAAAUAUUACAAUCUUUAUCCAAAUCAGUUUUACACUUCAAUAAUGCGUCGGGUCAAGAGAAAGAGACGUUUGUACACAAUUGUGAAUCGUUAAGCGCGAUACUUAGCCCGUUUGAUUUAAACGCUACGGAGUUUAAUGAUUUGACCAAUAUCGUGAGUGCUGGCUUAGAUAUGGAUCUCGCUCGCGCCCAACCCCAACCAGCUUACAAAGUCCGUCAUGUUAAAGUCGGUGUACGAUUGGCAGAAGCCUUGUGUAAAUUUCCACAAGGGCCAGAUAUAUUAUUGAAAGUGGACGCGCCUUAUAAACUGCUGACGCUGUGCAUGCGUGAAAACGUUGCGCUUCCCGUGAAGCUUUCUGCUAUUCGCACGUUGGACGCGGCUUUGAUAAGCCCAACAAUUGUACAAGAGUUUCUACGGUGUAAAAGCAAUCUCUACAAAAAUGCCUUGAUGAUGUUGGAGACGGCAAAAUUGGCAAGACUAAAGUACGCUCUAAGUUCAUUAUUACGAAAAGUGCACAUGUACGAAUUCCUCGAGGAAAUGAAGGAACUCGAUGAGUUGGCUGUUACCGAAUUAAGGAACACGUAUAUUUGUUCGCCUACGUUAAUGGCUCAACCGAAACGUCAACUUCCAGCUGGAUCUCAAAUGGAAUUUGAACGCGAGGAAAAUAGAAAUCCUCAGUGUCAUUUAAUCGCGUAUUUUGAAUACCAUAAACUUUUGUAUCAUGUUCUGUUUGCUCUUACUUCUCCGAAAUCAGACAUAAAUCUAAUCAAAGCUACUCGCCGUUUCCUUUUACGCAUUUCUGAUACGAAAGAAGGUUUACUGUACCUAUUAAAACAGCCAGAAGUUACAAUACUAAUUUUGAAAGCUCUGAGAUGUGAUAUACCUGGGACAGGGUCAGUCUUAGCUUGGCGACUUCAAGUUGUACAAUGCUUAUUACGUCUAAAAUGUCAAUCUUCCGAUUGGAUGGCACUAAAAAAGCUUCAUUCCUUUUUGAUAUUUCCUGAAGGUUUACAAGCUAUAAUAACGAUCCUUCCUAUGGGAGAGUUCAUCGAUAUUUUAAUUCCGUUUCUCUCUGAUCCAGAUUUAUGUGAAUUCUCCGCGGAAAUUAUAUCAGCAACGAUCCGUUAUUCCGAUCGAAUAAAAGUGUUUCAAAAUCGUGCUGCAAUUAUUUUGGAGAAGUCGAGAGCUCAGGCUGUUUUGAAAGACGUUACAUCAUAUUUGACAGUAGCAGCGCAACCGUCUCAUUGGAAUUACGGAGACGUAUCUUCGCUCGUCGCAUGUAUUAGAAAAAACGCGGAUAAGGCAGCCUCUCUCCCAGGGCAAUUAAUUACAGCAUGCAGAAUUUUGCAUUAUCUCGUAUUUCCUUCGAGUAACGACGUGGACCCAAUGGAACCUUAUAUUGAAUUAAAAUACAGAAAUGCUUUGACUCAGUUGUUUGCUGCUGACGGUUUAACAGCUCUUAUUGCAGUUAUGACAAAUAUUUCAGAAUUCUAUGAACAGCCACUCUUGCAUAGCGCGGCUCUAACAGGCAGAAGGGGCUUGGCAUUGGUCGCAUUACUUCUUCCAUGCGUGAAAUUAACGAGAGCGUUAUUGGAACGGCUUGUUAAAUGCAUGGCCACGGAUUUCAAAGAUUUAACAGCCGUAGUCCCAUUACUCGGUGUUUAUUCCUUGGUAGAAGCCAUUCCUUCCAAUCGAAAUGUACAAAUCUUAUCGGAAGAAAUAGUAGAGAGUCUCUUAGUAUUUACACAGGCUGUAGAUUCGGAUGGUUCCGGCAAUGUGGCAAAAUCAUUGUGGACACAAAUGUUGGGCGAAGUCCUUAAAAUGGUUUCGCUAAGUCCAUUUAAUUUUAUAUCAGGCUUGAAACUCUUGACAAGGUUGUUACCUCCUGUUUUGACUGCAAAGGAGACAUCGACCGAAGAUGCUACUCGAAUCUUAGGUUUUAGAAAACUAUGGUCUGCUCACUUGCAGGCUCAAGCUAAUAAUCUAACAGAGACAUUGCGACUGCUUUGCACCAGCUGGAAUAAAGAUUUAUUGCUGCUCCUUUCGAAAGUUUGCAAGCAAUUAAGCGACUUAGCAGCACCCACGGCACUACUCGUAGGUAGAUGCUUAUUAGAUGGUAUAAUAGCUGCCACACCACUAGAAAAUAACGUCUUAAUUCUCACUCUACUUAGCGAACUUACGCGACACGCGCCUAUGAAAGCUACUCUGUUAACUUUAACUAGUCCGGCGUCUAGAGCCCAAGUUAAAUCCGAUCAAAAGUAUCCACCGGUUAUCGAAAUGAUGUGUACGGCGUUGAAGAAUACAAGUGAUAUUAGAGUACAAUAUGAAAUACUAGAUAUGUUUGAGACAUUGUGCGAUUGUACGCUGUGCCUCGUACAAGAAGAUCUCAAUGAAUCGUUUGAAAAGAGACUUUCUCAUUCGGUACCCAGUAAGGAGCCACUUUUGUCAAUUCUAACUGCGUUAAUCGAUAUACUGGCAACUAGUAAAAAGUUUGAACUGGAUGUAUUAGAGAGUACACUUCGUAUACUCUUAUCCCUUAUUAGUCAUAAUUAUGGUUUAUAUCACGUAAAAAGUUGUUUAGAAAAUAAUCCUGAUGCAUUGCGAUCUCUAUUAGACCAUAUCUCGACUUUAGAGGAUCCAGAAGCCCAGUGUGUCGUUAAUUUGACCAUAACGUUCUUAGAAAAUUUAAUUACAUCUGAGUCACAAGGAAGAUCUUUGUAUCUACGUGUACAACAGUUAGCAACUUUAAUAUCAUGGGAUAAGAACGAUCACCCGUUGGAAAAGAUAAAAAGUGCGCAAGAAUUAGUUGAGAUAUUCAAGUCUACCGAAGACAAGGAAGAGAAAGAAUCUAUUCCAGAAAUGUUAGAACCAUUAUUGCCUACUCCCGAAGCUUUGUUAAAUCAAUUUUCUCAACGGUGUUUAAAAAUUUCGGAUCUUCCUUCUAAGCGCCCAAAGAAAUUCACGUUUACGUCUUCGAAUUCGGUAUCGAACGAAAACAUGGUGGAUCUAUUAGCGCUUGCGACCGAACUGCUUCCUGCCGACUUCAAUUUACUAACGGAAGCACAAAAUUUAUGUUCUAAAACACCGCCCGAUGAUGCUACUCAGCCUUUACAAUCGAAGGCUCAAACUGACGAUCAAGAGGCCAGAGAUGUUCAGAAACAAGACACGUCUCCAGUUUCUAAAGUGAAACAACCCUUCGUUACACCUAUGCGGGGUCGAACACAGUUUGCCAAUUCGUUGAGAGGCGGCCCUGUAGUGGGAAGCGCAGGCAGAGGAGCAGAUCCCUUCAGAUCGAGACCACCGAAUACUUCGAGGCCUCCGUCUCUUCACGUGGAUGACUUCGUGGCAUUAGAAACGUGUGGAGCACAACCAACUGGACCCACUGGUUACAAUAAACUCAGUAUUCGUGGAUCGUGUCCACCGCGUGCGAUCAAUGCAGGGACAAGGAGUCGUCCUUGGACGCAAGAAACAAGGCCACCCUACCUUCGCUAAUUUAAUUUCUUCCAUUAAAAAUGUAUAGAAUUAUUUAUGUCUGUAUUUUAUUAUAUUAUGUAUGUAUUUUA